CCUGUAGAUGAGCGCAGAGAAACACCGUCAAUCACCACCCAAUGAGAAACACAUUCGCUCCUGUUCCUUCACAUCAGCGCCCAUAAUCGAAACGGCCGAGCGACCGCGAUUACUCGAUAUCCACGAACGAUCUAAACGUUCCGACGCGACCGUACUCUGGGCCAUGAUCUGAGGGCUCGUCGAGGCACGAGUCGCACAUUCUUCCCGCCAUGAUGGAUGACUUCGUUAGCGAGUCGGACAGUGACUAUACGAGCUACUGGCGAGACUGGUUCAUUUCCUCUCGUGGCAACGAAUACUUCUGCGAAAUCGACGAGGAUUACCUGACGGAUCGGUUCAACUUGACUGGGUUGAACACGGAGGUUCAAUACUACCAAUAUGCGCUGGAUCUCAUCACCGAUGUCUUCGACCUCGACUGCGACGAUGAGAUGAGGGAGACGAUCGAGAAGUCCGCGAGGCAUCUGUAUGGUCUCGUACACGCCCGGUUCAUUGUCACGACAAGGGGUCUUGCCAAGAUGCUCGAGAAGUACAAAAAGGCCGACUUUGGAAAGUGUCCCCGCGUCAUGUGCCAUUCGCACCCUCUCCUUCCCAUGGGCCUUGCCGACAUCCCCAACCUGAAGCCCGUCAAGCUCUACUGCGCACGCUGCGAGGACAUCUACAACCCAAAGUCCUCGCGCCACGCCGCCAUCGACGGCGCCUACUUUGGAACCUCGUUCCACAACAUCAUCUUCCAGGCCUACCCGGCACUCAUUCCCACCAAGAGCGCCGAGCGCUACAUUCCGCGCGUUUACGGCUUCAAGGUCCACGCUCCCGCCGCUCUCAUCCGAUGGCAGCAUCAGAAGAAAGAGGCCAUGCGCCGCCGCCUGCGGAAAAUGGAGGUGGACAGCGGAUUCCGGGACGAAGAUCUGCUGGCGGAGGAGGACGAGGACGAGGACGAUGUCGAAUUCGAGGGCACGGAAGCGCGCGUACGGCCCGGAGAAGACGAGGGCGUUGCCAUGGCGUGAAGUAGAAGGAAGACCAGGCGAAGACGGUUUCGCUAAUCUUUGACUACCUACCUAGCCAGGUACACAUCGACAUUGCACACGGGGGCGACCUGAUAAAAGGCUUUUUUUGGGCCAGGCAUGGCUUCCUCCGCUUUGCUGUUACCUUUUUUUUCUCUAGUUUCAUCUCUCCUAUUCGGUAGACUGGGGCCUCGGGAAUAAUGAUAUGAUGGCUUUCAUGAUCAACUAGCUACCAUCUCGGGAUGUGGUCCUG